GAAAAAUUGUCAGUAAAUUAGUUGUCAUGUAACCUACAUAAAAAAUUUAGUCAUCACUUUCAUGUAUAAGAGAGCUGCAUAUCCGUUCAUUGUGAUAAUUUUUUAUAAGAAUCAUAAGACAAAUUACCAGUUUCACCUGAAAGAAUCGUAUAACGUCACGUAACUUUGUACAACGUAUGACAACACAAUACAAAAAGAAAGACUAGUAAUAGCACAAGAGUGAAGAUGAGAUGAACAUCGCGUCUGAAGGGACAAUCACCAAGGUAGUACAUCUACCCACUUAUUAAUAACGUCCGCCGCUAUGGCUUUUUAUAUCUUCUUGGCCGUGACGUGAAGGUUAAUAACCAUUGUGAGUCGACCAUAAUCAGACAUUGGCAAGGGUCUCAGCAUAGUGCAGACCUCGCCUGCAAAAUUCUUUCAUAAUGGGUAUGACCUACGACUCAAUGACGCAAUGACUUCCUAGACUUUUCAUAAACUCUAUUAUUCUAUGACACUUCGUUAGCAUUACAUUACGAGUAAUUAAUAUUCGAAAUGCGUGUAGGAAUAUAUGUACUUUAAGAUGAUUGGAAGAAGCAUAAAAAAAUAGAUAAACGCACGAGGGAGAAUUAAAUUCAUAAAAGCACACUCGCCAAAUAUAACGAAUGGGCCUGUUUAUUUAUAUCUUUACGACGCUCGGCUGCUGUGUCAAUUUAUUGCACAAUGAUAUGUUGGAGAGUUGAAGCUGAUUUUUAAAAUACCACAAAAAGCCAUGGAGCCAAAGUCAUCUGGUCAUAAAUAACAAUUAUUCGUGAAUUAUUUAGUCAGUUGUCAAGUAAAAUCACCAGAUAUGAUUCUGUUGAUAAACUUUUGUGUGUUUGUACUGCUUCAUCCAUUUCUUACAGCAGCAGUAAUUCUUAUUGGUCUCUACUUCGUCAUUGUUGGUACCAUUGGAGAAUCGGACUCUGAAACUCAUGAUGAUGAUGGUUUCAAUUAUCAUGAUCUUGAAAUGUGGAAAGAAAAAUAUCCCGAGUGUGGAGGGAAUCGACAAUCACCUAUUGAUUUGAACUCAAGAUAUUUUCAAUCUAAAGUUGAAAACAUUCCACUCAAGUUUCAUGGAUAUGAAAGAGUACCAGCUAAAAUGCAGUUAACCAACAGUGGACACUCACUGGCAUUAAAAGCAACGUGGUCGACUACAGAUGAAAUCCCGUACUUCAGUGGUGGUCCUUUUGGAAAUGAUGAUUACGUUUUCGAGCAAUUACAUUUUCAUUGGGGUGCUAAUGACGAAGUUGGUAGUGAGCAUACUGUUAAUUUGAAAAGCUUUCCAUUAGAGAUGCAUAUGGUUCAUUAUAACAGGAAAUAUGAAGCAAUUAAAAAUGCUACAGAACAUGAAGAUGGAUUAUCAGUAAUAGGAAUAUUUUUUGAUAUCCAUUUAACUGGAGCACGAGGUCUAGAGAACAUUCUAAAAGAAAUAAGAACUGUAAUAAAACCAAAAUCUCGAGUAGCAAUACAACCAUUUCCCCUCACUGACUUUGAAGGAGUAACGACUACUUCUAAAUUCGCAAGUUAUCUUGGAUCGUUAACGACACCACCCUGCCAUGAAAUUGUUACAUGGCUCUUCCCUAUUACUAUGCUGGAUGUAACCAAAGCACAGAUGGAGACUUUAAGGUUGAUGCAAUUGGAACAUGGCGAUGACCAUAACCACAGAACUGUCCAGCCCAUCAACGAUCGGGCGAUAUCAAUUUUCAAGAUAGAAUAGAAAUAUUAUAACUCUAGAAAAAUUGUGAUACACUUUUAUUUUUAGAAAAAAUUCAAUUCAAGAAUACUCUGAAAAUAAAGAAAUGAUUAUAGUGGA